GCGCUCGACCGGACCCCUCCUCCCCCCUCCCCUCCCCUCCGUUGCCCCCGCUUCUCGGACCAGCAGAUUCCUCCCCCGCCACCCAGGCCAGCUCCCCCGCCGCCGGCGCCCCCCCUCCGCCGUGGAGCUCGACAUGGACGACGCCUGCGCCGUCUGCGCGGAGCGGCUCGAAUGGGUGGCCUACGGCGCCUGCGGCCACCGCGAGGUCUGCUCCGCCUGCGUCACCCGCCUCCGCUUCGUCCUCCGCGACCAGCGCUGCUGCCUCUGCAUGACCCACUGCCCCGCCGUCUUCGCCACCAAGGAAAUGGGGGACCGCACCAAGGCGAUCGGCGAUCUCUCGGCGCUGCCGUCCGCGGCCGGCGAGGGCAAGACCGGGGAGUACUGGUACCACGAGGCCACGCAGGUGUGGUUCGACGACGCUGACCAUUACAGGAUGGUAAGGGCGAUGUGCCGGAUCUCCUGCACCGUCUGCGAAAGCAGCGGCAACAAGGGGAAGAAGGGCAGUAAGUCGUCCAAGGCGAAACACAAGAUCAAGUUCGAGACCAUCGAGCAGCUCAAAGCCCAUCUGUCCAACAAGCAUUGCUUGUACAUGUGCGACCUCUGCUUGGAUGGGAGGAAGGUAUUUAUUUGCGAGCAGAAACUUUAUACAAGGCCUCAAUUAAAUCAGCACAUAAAAACCGGUGAUUCAGAGGUGGAUGGCUCGGAAGUUGAGCGCAGGGGUUUUGCAGGGCACCCGAUGUGCAAGUUUUGUAAAAGCCCAUUUUAUGGAGAGACUGAGCUAGAUACACAUUUGACAAGAGAACAUUAUUCUUGUCACAUAUGUCAGAGGCAGCACGGUGGGCAGGAUGAUUAUUUCAGGAACUAUGAUGACUUAGAGAUGCAUUUCCGAAGAGACCAUUUCUUUUGCGAGGACAGAGAGUGCUUGGAGAAGAAGUUCAUCGUCUUCCAAAGUGAAGCAGAGCUUAAGAGGCACAAUGCUGUGGAGCAUAGGAAGCGCAUGCCUCAUGCACAGAAGAAUUCUGCUCUCCAGACACCAACCAGUUCUAGAGACCGGAGCGAGCUAGAGCAGAGUAAUGGCAGAGGUAGAAGGCACAACGCUUGCCUCUCCAAUGGUUCUGUUGACAAUACCUUGCUGUCUGUUCAGAAUAGCAUUGCAAAUAUGGGCCGUGGCUCGGGAAAUCAAGUUGCUGCUGUUGUGUCUCCCUUGCGAUCUAGUUCUGGGCACUCAUCACAAGCAGGCCAAAGCUCUGGGAUGAACCUUGUUUGGCAGCAACCACACUUUCCUCCCCUCUCCCGCCAGGAGGUUCCUGAUGCAAGAAUAGGUUCCUGUUUUCAAGAAGCUCCAUCCCCUCCCAUAUCAGGGCAAUCAGGGUAUACACCAGUUGCCAGUCGGAGCUCACGGACUGCUGCACGCGCAAUGGAUUUGGAAUUCCCUCCUUUAUCAGGCAGUAAUAACAGAACUGCUGCUUCAACAGAGCAGGGGGUACGAAAGGUAGCUGAGAACACUCAUGCAUUUGGGCUCCGACAACAAAGCAACGGAAUUGUGAAUACACACCAUUCUGCUCAGCAUUGGUCCCUUCAAAAUACUGGUUUGAUCCCUUCUGGUUCAAGUCACUCCCCAAGUUGGCCUACACCCAACACAAGUCCUCACGUUAGUGGAUCGCUGAGUCUGACUUCUGCAGGAAAUGGAGGGCAAGAAACACCUCUGAGCCGCCAGGUGUUGUGCUCUGUGGAUGAUGUUCGUGCAGCGAAUAAUUCAUUGGUUGAAAGAAUGCAGGCUGCAUUAGGAAUGGACCGGGACAGGUACUCGAUGUUCAAAGAGAUCUCUGGGGAGUACCGUCAAGGCGUUAUCAAUGCUUCAAAGUAUCUUUCAUAUGUCGAACAAUUUGGUCUGUCGCACCUCGUUCUUGAAAUGUCCAGGUUGCUGCCUGAUCCUCAAAAGCAGAAGGAGCUUGCUGAUGCCUACUACGCGAAUUUGCGCCUUACAAGCCUCCAAGGAAACGGUGGCGGUGGAGCUGUUUGCUCGAAAGAAAGCACACGGAAAAAUAAGGGGAAGGGGAAACUUCCUGCUGCUGCACAGGAUUCGUUAGAAGAUAAGCUCCUGAGUGCUGCCAGCAAGCUUCAGUCGCAGGUGGGAGGCUCUAGAGCGCUGUUGAGAGAAGGGUGUGGAGCAGCCGAUGGACCUUUGCAGGAGCCGAGGUGGCCUGUGAAGGGUGCUUGGCAAAACCGUGGGGGGCAGAGACUCGUGAGCAAGGCGAAGAAGUAAACUGGGGUUUCACUGGAUGUUUUGCCACCUGAGCUGCGGUGAAAACGCCCAUUUUUCCCCGAUUCGUGUCUGGUUUGUUGAGGUGACUAUGAAGGCCGUGGAGUAAUUAUUUGGUUCGCUUCUGUUUCUGUGUCUGAACCUUAUGUCGAGUUUGCGUAAUUGUGUCGUGAAUGUUGCGAACAAGGAAUAUAGAUCUGGACUAUGUGGAUGGUAACUAUCAAAGCUAUUGUAUUUCAGGA